AUGAAAGACAGAGGAAAGAGAACAGCAACGGAGCGCAGAAACGACGACGUAUCGCUAUACUACAGCACACCGUCAGAAUUCUCUUGUCGGAAACAUCCAUCAGUUUCCCCUGUCGGAAUCUGCCCGUACUGUCUCAACGACCGUUUAGUUAACCUCGUAUGCUCCCAAUGCGGCGAACAGAAGAGACUCUCUUCCUGCUCUUGCUCCGACAUCUCUCCUAAUCACGCCGACGUAGACACCGGAAACGUCAGAAUCUCUUCUCUCAUCGAAGAAGAGACCACGAAACAGAGGAAACCGACGACGAAACAGAGUAAAAAAACAGAGGAAUCUGUUGUGGUGUUCAAAAGAAGCAGUAGCAGCUGCGUUGAGAUUAGUAAGACGAAGCAUCACAGAUUCUCGAGGAUCGGGAGGUUCUUGAAGAAGAUUAAUCCAAGAAAGGAAAGACCUUUCGAUCCAAACAACAACGACGACGACGACGACGACAAAGAUUCUUGGCGUUUCGAUGGUAAGACACUAAGGGUUUCGAGAUCGAGAUCGCUCUGUAGCUUCCGAGGAGGCAACAACGGGUACUUAAACGGGUCGGAGGAAGACGUGUCGUCUUUCUCCGGCGCGAGGAGCUCGUUCUCCGCCGCGACGGAGCAUCGGAGGAGCAACUUCGAAGGGAGGAAGAGUAACUUCAGCGAGACGACGGAGACGCGGAGGAGCAACUUCAGCGAAUCGGAGCCGCCGAGGAGGAGCUGUUUCGAGGCGAGGAAGAGUAACUUCAGUGAAACAGAGUAUCCACGGAGGAGUAACUUCAGCGAAACAGAGUAUAAACAGAGUAUCAUAAAUAGUCAUCCGCGGAGGAGCAAUUACGAAGCGGCGCCGAGGAAGAGUAAUGUCAACGAGGAGCAGCAGCAUCGGAAGAGUGACUCGUCGGCGAUGAGUUUCACGAGGAGGGUUUUGUCGAUGAAAGAGAGUUACUUUACCGGAGGAGAAGAAGAGUCUGGUUUUAUUGAUCUUAAGUUUGAUUCCUCUGGAGGAGUAGGAGGAGGAGAAGUGGUGGUGAACGACGGCGUUUUGGAGCAUGGAGGAGGAGGGUCUUGCCGGUUAACGAAGAAGGAUAGAGAGGUGAGUAAGAGUCGUAGGAGUUUCAAAGGAUGGAAAUGGAUUUUUGGACAUCAUUAUCAUCUUCAUCAUCAUCAAAGAGAUUCAUGA